AAUGCUUUGAAGUAUUGUGCUUUAGACAUAAUUUUCAGAUGGCGGAGUGUGAAAACUGUAUAUGCUCUUAUUGUGAAUUAACUCACAACAAUACAUUUGUAAUAGCUAUUUGCCCAAUUUGUCACAAAGUUAACUUGUUAGGAAAUAAAUUUGGUCUGUCCGUUUGUCAUCCGUGUAAUAGUUUCUUCGAGGCAACUGUGAAACAUUCGUUCUAUCCCUUAUGCGACAGUAAAGAGACGUGCGAAGUCAAACGAGCAGACAUCAAAACAUGUGACUUCUGUCGGAUGAGUAAAUGCUAUGCACGUGGAAUGCAAUCUAAUAAAGUAAUAUUGGGCAAUGAUUACAAAGAAAAAUUAAGUAGAAGACUAGAAAAAAUUCCAACUUUGGUAUGUCCUUUUAAAAUUUUUUGGUGUUUUCUUAUGUAA